GUGCCGCCACCGCUCUCCCUCCUUCCGACCGCUCCACCGCUUCCCCUCGGCGCCCUCCCACACGGCAAGGCGGCCACAUACCCCCGCUUCGUGUCCCUCCCGGCUCACGGAGCCCGAAGCGCUCUGCAUGUGAGCGGGGGCGGCAGGCGACGUGUCGCAGAGGCAGGCGGGCAUGGCGACAGCUGGAGCUCAGCCGCGGCGACACCCAGACACCCUCUUGCCCUUCCCCCCUCCGCAUCCAAUCCCCCACCACCCGGUCCCGCCGCCGCGCCUAUUUAUCCCCAGCGAUAGAGGACGUUCUAGACUCUGAUGCUUCUUGCUGACGGUUUCUUCUCGUCCGGUCGCCAUGGUGCACGAGACGAGAUCGCGGGUGCACGCAGUUGCCCAGGAAGAAGGCAAGGUCGCCUCAAAAAAGCAGAAAUCAGAGAAUGAAGACCAGGAAAGGGGCCAGCAUGUGCCCUCCAAGAACAAAAAGCCUGUGGACAAUAAAGGGCAAGACGGGGAAUCAGAGGCACCAACGAAGAGCAAGAAGCUCAAAGCUGAUGAAUCUGAGCCCAAUGGGAGGGAAGCUGCCGCAAGAGACUUUGCAGAGUUUUGCAAGGCCCUAGGAGAACACCUCUCCCUGGACGACAUGCGCAAUAUCCUUGAAGCCAAUGAGCAAGAUGCUUCUGGAUCGGAGGAUGCAGUCGUUCUAAGAUGUGAGGAUAUGAUGUUCUAUGGGCCUCUCGAGAAGUGCCCAGUAUGUGGUGGUCAGCUUGAAUUUAAGGGGUGGAAAUACAGGUGCACUGGGAACUACAGCGAGUGGGCACGCUGUACUUUCAGUAGUAACGACCCUUCAAGGAGGAGUGGUCCUAUAGAAGUUCCUGAUGACAUAAAAGAUGAUUUUAUCCGCAAGUGGCUGAAACAACAUGAAGGAAAGGAGUUCCCUAAACGUGAUGUUGAUGAAGAGGCCCAUAUCUUCUCCGGCAUGAUGAUUGCCUUGUCUGGACGGAUGUCACGCUCACAUGGUUACUUCAAGGAGCAGAUUAUGAAACAUGGAGGGAAGGUCAAUAAUUCCGUGCUUGGGGUUACCUGUGUAGUGGCUUCUCCAGCUGAGAGAGAUAAAGGUGGCUCUGGAGGAUUCGCUGAAGCACUGGAGCGUGGAACUCCUAUUGUUAGUGAGAAUUGGAUAAUUGAUAGUAUUGAGAAGAAGGAAGUUCAGCCUUUAGCUGCCUAUGAUAUUGUUUCUGAUGUUGUUCCGGAAGGCCGAGGACUCCCACUGGGCCAACUUGAUCCAAGUGAGGAGGCCAUUGAGACCUUAGCUGCAGAGGUUAAACUUGCUGGCAAGAGAUCUGUCCACAAGGACUCUAAACUCGAGAAAGAUGGUGGAUGUGUCUUUGAGAAGGAUGGCAUAAUCUACAACUGUGCUUUUGCUGUAUGCGAUCUAGGAUGCCAGAUGAAUGAGUUAUGCAUCAUGCAGCUGAUUAUGGUCCCUGAAAAUCGUUUGCACCUAUUCUACAAGAAAGGUCCAAUUGGUCAUGACCAGAUGGCAGAGGAACGAGUGGAGGAUUUUGGUAGCCGUAUCAAUGAUGCUAUUAAAGAAUUUGUUCGGCUAUUUGAGGAGGUUACUGGAAAUGAGUUUGAGCCUUGGGAAAGGCAGAAGAAGUUUGAGAAGAAGAGUAUGAAGAUGUAUCCCUUGGACAUGGAUGUUGGUGUAGAUGUGCGUCAUGGAGGUGCAGCACUUCGUCAGUUGGGUUCUGCAGCAGCACAUUGCAAGCUUGAUCCUUCUGUUUCUUUCCUUGUGAAACAGUUAUGUGGCCAAGAGAUUUAUAGGUAUGCUUUGAUGGAGAUGGCCCAGGACCUGCCUGACCUUCCCAUAGGGAUGCUUACUGAUCUCCAUCUGAAGAGAGGGGAGGAUAUGCUGCUUCAGAUAAGAGGAGAUGCAGAGUCAGUGGCAGAGUCUGGCCCAGAAGCAGAUGCAUUCUGGACUGAAGUCAGCAGCAAAUGGUUCACUCUGUUCCCCACAACUCGACCGUACACGAUGAGGGGGUUUGAGCAGAUUGCUGACAAUGUAGCAUCAGGUUUUGAGACAGUACGUGAUAUAAACGACGCAUCUCAUCUCAUUGGGGAUGUCUUUAGUUCGACUUUGGAUGAUCCGCUGUCUGAAUGCUACAAGAAGCUCGGUUGUUCGAUCAAUCCUGUUACUGAGGAUUCAGAAGACUACAAGAUGAUUCUGAAGUACCUAGAGAAAACAUACGAGCCUGUCAAGGUGGAGGAUGUGGUUUAUGGUGUGUCCGUGGAGAGGAUAUAUGCUGUUGAAUCCAGUGCAUUUCCUUCUUACGAGAAAAUAAAGAAUCUGCCAAACAAAAUUCUUCUCUGGUGUGGGACUAGAAGCUCGAACUUGCUUAGGCACCUGCAUAAAGGAUUCCUUCCUGCUGUCUGUCAUCUUCCUGUGCCAGGGUACAUGUUUGGCAAAGCCAUAGUCUGUUCAGACGCAGCAGCUGAAGCUGCUCGCUACGGCUUCACUGCAGUGGACCGCCCAGAAGGGUACCUGGUCCUGGCGGUGGCCUCUCUAGGAGAGGAGAUCAAAGAAGUGACCGGAACACCAGGCGCAGAGGAGGCACGAGUCUUUGAAGAGAAGAAGAUGGGCGUGAAAGGCGUCGGGAGGAAGACGACCGACGAGUCGGAGCACAUCUCCUGGAGGGACGGUGUGAUAGUCCCCUGCGGCAAGCUGGUGCCGUCGGCGAACAAGGACGGCCCGCUCGAGUACAACGAGUAUGCCGUGUACGACCCCAAGCAGGUGAGCAUCUGCUUCCUGGUUGGGGUGAAGUACGAGGAGCAGAACAUGGAGGUGGUGCCGGACGAGGAGUGAAGUCGUAUUCGUGGCGUGCCUAGGAGACGAUGGUCGUGCGACCCAUUUUGCAACCCUGUAGUGUUAGUGUGAUCUGGCUUUUGUGCUGUAGUACUAGUAGUUGUUAGUGGGGAGAGGUAGCGGCGAUGCGUUGGGUGGAAAUGUGAGGUGCCUGUGUCUCAUUUUGGGCUGCCUCCUGGUUUAGCCAUCGCCGUGGCUGUGUGUGUGGUGUACUUUGUAGUGUAGUUGGUUAGUGCUAGUGACCCUAGCUAAAAAGCCCCUUGGAUGGCUGGACGUGCUGCCGUGUGGCUGCGGCUGCAGACUGCAGUAGUAUGUAAAUAUUUGUGCGUGUCGGAUGUUAUUAGCAGUUAGCACGAAUCUGGUUUAGCACUGAAUAAACAUGUUCCUUGUGUGUGCA